CAGGGAAGGGCAUAGUGCUGACGCCCGGCUGUAAGCUGCCAGCCAUGUCGCCGUCGUCGUCUUCGAAAUGAAAGUGAGCUGAGGCUCUACUGCCAAGUGAAGUCGCCAGAGUGUUAGGAUCCUCUGGGCGCAAAAGGAUCGAUCAUGGCUCUACCGGCUCUUGCCGUAAUCGCUGGGACAGCAGCAACAGCAGCAUACCUCGAUGCGAAACUUCACCUUGGACAUGAUUUAUUACAUGGAGGCAGUCUCAACAAUGCAGCCACUCGGGCGCAGAACUUUAUCGCGGAGAAGCAGGCUCAAGAUCGAAUGCUCAUUUACCACCUCUUCCAAGACCAUGCAUCUGGACUCAAUGCGAACAACCUCUUCCUGGAGUUCGAGGGCCGGUCAUGGACCUACGGGCGGUUUUUCGACCAGCUUCAACGUGUUGGCAAUUGGCUGAUGAAGGAUCUGGGUGUCCGCAAGGGUGAGAUGGUGGCGAUCGACGGGCCUAACAGUCCUGAGUAUCUGAUGCUAUGGUUCGCACUUGAUGGGGUUGGAGCUUCAAUCGCGUUCCUAAACUGCAACCUCAGCGGCGCACCUCUAGUCCAUUCGGCAAAGCUGUGCGAGUCCCGCUUCUUGAUUACCGAUCGCAGCGUCGAGCACCUUGUCGAGCCUUGCCAAAGCGAGCUGGGUGACGCUGGCAUCAAGGUUUUAUACUUCGAUCAAGCCUUCAUGGAGUCGCUUAAUGACGCUAAACCGAUCCCUCGUGAAAGGAACAGCGGUAUUCAAGCCGGCGAUCUCAAGGAGCUCAUCUACACCUCCGGCACCACGGGCCUGCCCAAAGGGGUGAUCAUAAUGGCCGGUCGCCACCUGAACACCGCCCAAGCAAUGGCUACUUACCUCAAACUUAAACCUGGCGAUAAGUUCUACACAUGCCUCCCGUUGUACCACGGAGCUGCCCAGGGCUUGUGCAUAACACCAGUCAUCUACUCAGGCGCAGCAGUCACGCUAGGCAGAAAGUUCUCCCACAAGACCUUUUGGCCUGAGGUCUCCGCUUCAAGGGCGAACCGGUUACAGUAUGUCGGGGAGCUGUGUCGGUAUCUGGUGAAUGCGCCUCCUCAUCCUCUCGAACGUGCACACAAUGUCCAUGAAGCCUGGGGUAACGGUAUGCGGCCGGAUGUGUGGGAGGCUUUCCGGAAGCGGUUCAAUAUCCCGCUUAUUCAUGAGCUAUAUGCUGCUACCGAUGGCAUGGGUGCCACAUUCAAUCGCAACUACGGCGACUUCUCGAGGAGUUGCAUCGGAGUCAGAGGGCUAAUAUGGCAUCGCGUAAUGGGCAACAAUGAGGUGCGAGCGAAGAUCGAUCCCGAUACCGAAGACAUUGUUAGAGGCAAAGACGGCUUCGUGAUCAAGGCCGGUGUCAACGAGCCAGGCGAGGUAUUACACCGUGUCGAUCCGACAUUGGCGGAGGCGGCCUUCAAAGGCUACUUCAACAACCAAGAUGCAUCGAAGAAGCGAUGGUUAAAGGGUGUCUUCGAGCCUAACGAUCUCUUCUUCCGGAGUGGAGAUGUUAUGCGGGUUGACGCCGACGGGCGCGUCUUCUUCGUGGAUCGCUUGGGCGACACGUUCCGUUGGCGGUCCGAAAACGUCUCAACGAAUGAAGUCUCGGACAUCCUCGGCUCAUUCGACCAAAUAGCGGAGUGCAGUGUCUACGGCGUGGCAGUACCGCAUGCUGAUGGUCGUUGCGGGUGCGCCACUAUCGUGCCUGCGGCGUCAACGUCAGUAGAAAGCUUCGACUUUGCGCGGUUGGCGGAGCAUGUCAUCAGCAGUCUGCCGAGGUACGCAGUGCCGCUUUUUUUGCGGCUGGCUCCCGAGCUCGCCUAUACUGGUACGUUCAAGAUCCAGAAGGGCCAGGCGAAACGGGAAGGUGUGGAUAUAGAUUUGAUAGAAAAGGCAGGCAGUAAGGAUAGGCUGUACUGGUUGCCGCCAGGGAGCAAGACAUAUGUACCGUUUGGGCGGAAAGACUGGGAGGCUAUUAAAGCCGGUGAUGUCAAGUUAUGAUCUAUGAGAUAAUGCUGUUAGCGAUGCAUCGACGCAAUCAAACAUGCGCUACCCCUUGCUACGCAGACGCAAGUCACCACAACCUCAUCCACGAAUGGUUGGCCUCAUCACAG